UUUGUGGGGUCAGAGAUGACCAUCCGCGGUACUUCCCCAUACUGCCGCACGCUGGGAACGUCGUACACGCUCCCUUGAAGGUUUCGUUCCGCGGGAUCUGCCCGCCAGUUUGAGCACGUGUGAAAAAAGCCCCAUUUUUUUAUCACCAUGUCUCAUGUUCAUGCCGACUCGUCGACCUCCUCUGUGUAUUCCGAAUAUGAGUGUGAACCACCCCCCUCCGAGGCAUGGAUGCAUCUACCGCUCGAGUCGCGAAGGUCCUUUUCUAAGAGAGUCCGAUGGGAGAGUCUUCAAUGCUCAGAAUGAUGUAUACUAUCUGCCUGCAGAUGAUGUGGAAUUCGAUCGCCUUGCUCUGCAGCACAGGAUACACUAUCACAUUCUCGGUUCGCUCUAUCCUGGAGGAGAUCUAGUUGACAGAAUAUUAGCUCCCGAAUGGGGUGUUGAGAAGGCUGUACUUGAUGUGGGGUGCGGCGCUUGUCAUUGGGCUGUUGAGAUGGCUUUGAAGUUCCCCCAUGUUCAUGUGAUUGGUGUAGAUCUUGCACCAAGAACAAAUAUUCCGGAACAGCCACCUAAUCUUCGUUUGGAGUUUGAUGAUGCAAAUCUUGGCUUCCCACAUUACCAUGGAUGUUUUGAUGUUAUCCAUUGUCGCUCAAUUGUGACUGUGGGAAUCCAUGAUCGAGAUCAGUUUUUCCAAGAAAUGGAACGUUGUCUACGCCCUGGAGGCAUCAUCAUAGUAAUUGAUGGUGAAAUGCCAACCUUGAAUCACAACAGGCAGCGGAUACCACCUGCUCCAAUGGAUGGAAACUAUCCACAGACUCGUGGCUGGAUGGCACGUAUUAUGUUUGAGGCAUCACAAGAUUUUGCUGCACGUGGUGCUUCUCCUAUUUUUUAUGACAUAGCUGGCGUGCUCUUCCAAUCAUUGGUGGCCACAGGGGCUUUUUUUAAUCCAGUGAUACAGCUGAUGUAUCUUCCUCUUGGACCAUGGCCAGUUGGUAACACUGAGGCUGAGACACGCUGGAUACAGCAGCUGGGAGAGAUGAUGAGACAAAAUGGACUUGAGUUCACAAGAUCUCUGCGUCCCACACUUAAACACCGAGGUUUCAGUGAUGAGGAUGUUGACAAGAUGCUAUUUGGGGCUGAACGAGAAAUGCUUGACUUGUCAGUGUGGAUGUAUACACGAUGGGUGUACAUAUAUGCAGUAAAACCUAGGUAAUUCAGAUGUGGCUUAUCUCCAGGGUAAUUGUCUGCUCCCUUUAAAAUGUUUGCAUGUGUCAGUUUUUACCAACACAGUAGUUGAUUGAUGUUGCUCAAGCCCAUAUAG